AGUGAUGUUUUACUGUAUGUACAGGAUUUUGAUCACAGUUACUUAGGUGAAGAAGUGAAAAAAUCAACAAAUAGUAUAUCUGCUUAUCAAAGUCAUUCAUUCCAUGCAGACAUUAAGUGCAAGGUUAUGAAGUUUUUUAUAUUGAAAUGUAUUUAGAAGAUAAAUUAAUACAAAUGUAUACACAGAAAAGAACACCAUGCACCUUGCACAUGUUUUUUUCCCAUCACAAGAGUGGCACACAUACACACCUGACCAAGAAUGUAUAUUAAAGCCUCAUCAUUCACUCUAAAUGCUGGCAGACCAGUGAUAAUCAUAUUAUCGGCCAAACCCCUUUAUGUGUCAAGGAGGGACCACACUAAUCUCAUUUAGUGAUGCUGUUACAUAACGUCUGAUCCUACACUGUACGUCAGAGAUCAGUCUCAUUGAGAUCACAAACAAUCAUGUCUCUGAGGUCUUCCAACCUGCUGUAUGAUUACAUCCAGCUGGCAAUGAGCUCUUCAAAAGAAUCAGUGAUGCAUAUGCUUGCCAGUUACUCAAUCCUCCCUUCUUUGUGGUUCUUGCCUUUUGUGCAUCAGGGGCAUUGUCUUGGACAGAGGGGAGGAUUAGGGUAGCUCUAAAUAAAGCUGGCAGAUUAGGAAACAUGAUACCAGCAUGUUUUGUUUCACUUUGUCAGAGUGUGAGCUACUGAAGACAGGAGAAAAUAUUCUGUGGAGACAGUAAGACAAUCUAGGACUGAAACUAAAGGAAAUCAAGGACAUUAGAUUGAGGAAACCACACAAAUGCUUAUGCAUGUAGUUAUUGAACGCUACUACAGUUAAAAUGAAUAGCUGUAUGUUGGUCAUACUUGACCUUAACAAAAACCUUAUGUCUACUACCUGUGGAAGAGGCACUCGUUAGUGAGGCACACAUUUUCCCUCAGACUUAUUUAGGACUCCAAAUCUUAAAAAAAUAUGGGCAUUUGUAUGUAUUCAUUGACUUCUAAUUCUAUAAAAAAGAAGAUGAGCUAUUCUUUGGUCUACUGCAAAAAGAUCACAGAGCCUUAAACAGCCACAAAAUGCCUACAAGGGAAAAUCACGUGUCUCCACAGGUGCAACGGUACAACCUUUACACUCUGACUGACAGCUCAGAAUGUGGGUCAGAAAAAGAAGAGGUAGACCUUUCCAAUCGCCUGACACCCCUGGAAAAGUUAACACUGGAGAUGUGCAAUAGUGAAAACAUAAUAAAGGAAAUAACCGUGGGCAGAAGGGUAGGCUUCUAUAAUGUCCGUGGUCAAAUAGGCUGUGGGAACUUUUCGAAAGUCAAACUGGCCUUCCACGCCCUCACCAAAGACAAAGUUGCCAUUAAGAUCCUGGAAAAGAUGAGGCUUGAUCCGCAGACACAGAGGAUGCUGUCCAAAGAGAUAUCUAUCAUGGAGAGCUUAUAUCACCCAAACCUAUUGCAACUCUAUGAGGUUGUGGAGACGCCAAGUCGGUUGUACCUGGUUCUGGAGCUCGCAGGAGGAGGAGACCUCCACACCAGAAUCAGCACUGGAGGAAAACUCUCUGACAGAGAGAGCAAGAUUGUAUUUGCCCAAAUUCUGUCAGCAGUCAAAUACAUGCAUGAAAACAACAUCAUUCAUCAUGAUUUGAAGGCUGAAAAUGUUCUCUAUACCACCAACGCCUGCAUAAAGGUGGCUGACUUUGGCUUCAGUACAAGGGUUAUUAAUCGCAACCAAGCCCUGGACACUUUUUGUGGUUCUCCUCCUUAUGCUGCUCCUGAGCUCUUUAAAGAUGAAUCUUACAUUGGGCCCCCUGUGGAUGUGUGGGCAAUGGGUGUCCUCCUCUUUUUCAUGGUGACUGGCACCUUGCCUUUCCGCGCUGAAACUGUAGCCAAGUUGCGGCACAGUGUGCUGGAGGGGGCCUAUGUCCUGCCAACCUGGGUAUCAGCUCCAUGUCAGCGGUUGAUUAGGGGGAUUCUGAAGCCAGACCCAUCAGAGCGAUGUGCAUUGGAUCAGAUGUUGGGCUGUGAGUGGUUGCUGCCAGUGGAACUCUUCUGCCCGCUUCCUUCCUUAUACCAGCUCAACCCUGUUUAUCUACUGGAGGCUGGCCCAGGGGAAUUAGAUAGAGAUGUUCAGGAGGUAAAAGCUCUCCUGGAGGAACUGGGAGUAACUCAGGAACAUAUUCUCAAUAACCAAGGAAAGAGGAUUCACAGUCCCAUUACAGGGAUUUACCGCAUAUUAUUGCAUAGAGUUAAAAAAAGCAGGGGAGCAGAGUGUCCCCCAAUGAUCAGUGGAGUUGUCAAAGAUCCUAAAAGAGAUAGUCUCCGUGCCUACAGGAACCUACGUCACUCCUCAAAACUGUGUGUCCUCUCUUAAUCACUUUUCUGUAUUUACGUUGCUGUAUUUCAGUUAUCAUGACUUGCAGUCAUUUUAUAUUGGCCAUGCAUUGUUGUCACUAGUCAGCAAUUAAAAUAAGAAAAAGUCCUUUUUUUAUUCCUAUGUCUUAUUGCAACAUUGUAAUAUACCUCUUUUCACAAUGUAUAACUAGAAACAUUCUUUUGACAAAAGUUAUUCUAGAACAUAGUCUGUGUUCUCAGUAACAAUAGAGUAUUCAAUGAGAAAAUGUGCUUAUUCAUAUUGUUUGACUUUCACCAUGCUUUUAAAAUAAAGGUGUACUUGA